UCCGCCAGCAAACUCCGCUCCAUCACCGGAGAGCCGAGACCCCAACUCAGCCGCCGAGUCGCGUGCCGUGAUCGCGGUGGCCGCAGCUGGACAGCGACCGCGCCUGCUGCUCGCAACGGUGCACGGAGCUCCUCCACGCUCCACCACGCUCCACCACGCUCCACCACGCGCCAUGAAGAGGUACUCCGCAGCUUCUCCGCACGCCACCGCCACGAAGCCGCCGGCCCACGCGGCUGAGUCGCCGCCACCGCCGCCGCCGCCCGACGCGGGGGCCGCGUCUCGUGGCCCGAGCGGCGCCCGGAGGAGCGACCCCGUCGACAUCCCGUGGCCACGCGGCGCCUGCUGGGCACGCGCAGCGGACGCCGCGGUGCGCAGCAGCAGCAGCAGCGGCAGCGGCGGCGCCUCCCAGAAGCGUCGCGUCACCUUCAACCUGGACCACGGCGGUGGCGGCGGCGGCGGCGGCAGCGGCGGCGGCUUCGCUCGCAGCCCCCCCAGGUCCAUCCUCAAGCUGAGCCCCCCCGCCCGGGACGACGCCGGCUGGGGCGAGGGGGGAGACGCGAGCGGCUGGUGGGGGCCGUGGGCGCCGCGCGGGGCUGGAGGCUCCGCGCCGCCGCCGCCGCCACCGUGCAGCUCGGAGUUCGCGAGCGCCAUGGAGGAGCUGUACCGGGAGGGCGCCGUGGGCCGCGUGUGUUGAGCCGGGGGGGGGGGCAGGGGGGGGUCCCCGCUGGGGGUCUCGAGACUCUUGAGAGAGCUCACGGAGGACGCGUGGAGAAGCGAUGGAAGAAGAAGAAGAAGCCGCCAGCAGCAGCAGCGAGCGAGCUGGCCGGCUGGCUGGGUCGCCGCUUGCGACGCGAGAACUUUCCGCUCACCGCUGAGAGGUCGCGAGGUCGUCGCUUCGUUGGUUGCGAGGCAACUCAGCAGGCUACUUCUCUGGACUCACUCACAUGAUCAACGUCGUCGUCGUUAUAAUACUAAUUUAUUUUGUAUAUAGCCGUGACCCUAGCCCUGACCCUAGCCCUGACCCCAUACCUGACCCUAAGCCCUGACCCUAGCCCUGACCUAUAGCCCUGACCCUAGCCGUGACCUUAGCCCUGACCCUAGCCCUGACCCUAGCCCAGACCCUAGCCCUGACCAUAGCCCUGACACUAGCCCUGACCCUAGCCCCGACCCUAGCCCUGACCCUAGCCCUGACCUUAGCCCUGACACUAGCCCUGACCAUAGCCCUGACACUAGCCCUGACCCUAGCCCCGACCCUAGCCCUGACCCUAGCCCUGACCUUAGCCCUGACACUAGCCCAGACCCUAGCCCUGACCCUAGCCCUGACCCUAUACCUGACCCUAGCCCUGACACUAGCCCUGACACUAGCCCUGAACCUAGCCCUGACCCUAGCCCUGACCCUAGCCCUGACCUACCUGACCCUAGCCCUGACACUAGCCCUGACACUAGCCCUGAACCUAGCCCUGAACCUAGCCCUGACCCUAGCCCUGACCCUAGCCCUGACCAUAGCCCUGACACUAGCCCUGACCCUAGCCCCGACCCUAGCCCUGACCCUAGCCCUGACCUUAGCCCUGACCCUAGCCCUGACCCUAGCCCUGAUACUAGCCCUGACCUAUAGCCCUGACCCUAGCCGUGACCCUAGCCCUGACCCUAGCCCUGACCCUAGCCCUGACCCUAGCCCUGACCCUAGCCCUGACACUAGCCCUGACACUAGCAGCAGAGAGGCUCCAGCCGUGGGUCUUGUGGCCCGCAUGACCGGCCCUGAUGGGAAUCGAACUCAGGUGGUCGAGACUGGAGUGCAAUGCCACGGACACUGCACCGCCGGUCCCCACCUAAACACGCGUGUGGAGUGAAUGUCAAGUACACACGCGCGCGAAUGCUCAAUGUUAUUUAAUAAUUAUUUUGUAUAUUGAUGUUGUUCAGCUCUGUUCAGUUGCAGAAACGUCAGCAGUGUGUCUGUAGGGGGUGUGUAACGUGUGACACGUGAAUGUAAAUACACGCGAAGGCUUGGGCGACGCGCGCUAUCCCGUGCCUUAUGUAUCUGUCAAGGAUGGAUGCCGUCGGUUGAUUAUUAUUUA